AUGGAGUUUGUCACAGCUGACGAUCAAUGUAGGAACAAUGUAUACAUAGAAGGGAUGGCUCUCAGGUGUUCGGUCUUCAAAAGAUGGUCAGUAGCGGCUCCUCACCUCUGCGAUGUCAAAUGCGGACAAGAGAUCACAUGCCAAAGCUAUAACUACAAUCAAAAAUACCAAAUAUGUGAACUAAAUAACCGCACCAAGGAGGCGAGACCAGAGAAUUUCCUUUCAGCUCCCGCGUGGUUUUACAUCCGGCGAUUGAACGGCAGAGGUAAGAAAGUGAUUCUAAGUGAUUCCUAUUUCUUUAAAUCUUCUCCAUCCUCAACCUGAUUCCUUCUCACCCGGAAGAACUAAGAAAAGGAAGUGAACGUAAAACAUAUCUUUACCUCAGCUCCAUUAGGUUCUAUCCCUGAAUUACCAGCGCUGUCUUGUCGGGAAAUAAAGGCAAGUGAAGGUAAACACACCAUAAGCGGCAAGUAUUGGCUCGAUCCAACUGGGAAAGGAAAGGCAAAACUGAUUUACUGUAAUAUGGUUAACGAAGGUAGGUCCUAUGAGUUUGAAUGAGUUAUUUUAUUUUGUAACGAGUUAUAGGUAUCAUGAAAUUAUUAUAAAUUGUACUAUUAUUGAUAUCAUCAUCGUAAUAUUUGGUUUGGAUCAGUUCUAUGGAGGAUGUCUCUCUCAAGUUGCUCUAACUUAGUCACUGCUUCUCUUUCCACAUUCUAGAUAUGGACGAAUGUAAAUUUAGCAUCAGCGACUGCGACGUGAAUGCAAACUGUACUAACACGUAUGGUUCUUACAAAUGCACAUGUAAAGUGGGAUACACUGGCGAUGGACACUCAUGUUCAGGUAAUUUUGAAGAUUACCUUAUUAAUAUUUCUAAAUAAAACUAAUUUUUGUAAAUCGUCUCAUAAUUUAGAGCAGCGUUACCCAUGCACGCAUUUAUGCACAGAGUUACCAUGAUCUACAUCUUGCUUGUUUCAGAAUAGUCAGGUUGAUAAAUUCAACUAUUUGUGCUGAAAUUUAUGUAGCACUAAAAGAGAAACAUUUGUUUUAUAAUUUGCGAUGAUUAAAGGAAUUAACCGACUAUGAGUCAUAAAAACGAUAAGAUGCAAAAAUGUAUCGAUGAUUUUUCAGAUAUUGACGAGUGUAAAGGAAAUCACUCUUGUCACAUGAAUGCUAUCUGCACGAACACAAAAGGAUCGUACGUUUGUACUUGUCACCGCGGAUAUACUGAAAAUGGACGCGGCUGCGCAGGUAUUUGAUGCGUUUCUUUUGUAACCAUUUUCAUCAGAAAGAAAAGCACUAUCAUCGUUGUAAAACUUGUAUUGCCAUUAUACCUUGUAUUUAAAAGAGAUGAAUGUAGACCUGAAGACAAUAUUGAUGAUGACACAAUUGUUUUAAAUAAACAUUCAGGGGAAAAAAAUCUCUACUGGUAAAGGAAGACUUGAUGGAUGGGCUCACAGGACAGAACAAUGGAUUAAACUCGCGCAGAAUCAAGAAAAAAAUUUAGUGAGCGCUAAAGUGAGGUGCUUGCGUCUAGGAACCAAGAAAACAAGAUUAAGGUUUCUAAGUUUAUGCUCGGCAACUUCUUCCCGAUUGCAUUUUUUUAAAUUUGUUUUAAAAAUUUUUGAGGAUCAAAGGAAUUAACCUUGAUGCAUUUCUUUUGAAACCAUUUACAUCAGAAAGAAAAGCACUAUCAUAUUUGCGAGGCUUGUUUUACAAACAUACCUUGUAUUGACCCUUUCACUCCUAAAAAUCUUAUUAGUAAUUCUGUUUACAGUCUACCAUACAAUUCUUACGAUGUAAGUUCUAAGAAUUUGGUAUUGAAUCAACUGAUAAUCCUCAAGCUGAUACUUUUUCUUAUUCUCGUCAUUUGUCUGUUUGAUAUUGUAAUGAUUUGGUAAGGAGAAAUUCUUUUUUGGUCAUUAAAGGAAGUUAGGUGGUUAAGUAAACAUUCAGUGUAAGUUAAAAAAUCUCCACUGGUAAAGGGAGACUUGAUAGACAGGCUUACAGGACAGAACAACAGAUUUAAACUUGGGGGAACCGAGAAAAAAAUCUGGUGAGUGGUUGUGUGAAGCACUUGCGUCUGGAACCACAAGACAACAAGACUAGGGUUUCUUACGUUAUGCUCGGCAACUUUUUUUUAAUUACAGUUCGUUUCUUUAGUUAUGUUUACGAUUUUACAGAUAUCAACGAGUGCAAAGGAAAUCACUCUUGUCACGUGAAUGCUACAUGCAUGAACACCCUUGGAUCACAUGCCUGUCAAUGUCAUGCUGGAUAUACUGGAAAUGGACAAAACUGCUCAGGUGAAUUUAAUUUUCCGCUACAAUAUUUUUAAUAGUCCUGUAUGCCUUCCGGCUACAGCGCCGCACCAUUUAGCCGCGUUGCAAGACAAUUAGGUAAUUUAUUACUCAUUACUGGUUUUGAUUUAGGCAGCCAUUUCUCGUGUUAAGAACCUCUUAGGUAAUGUCCCUGACUUUUAAGUGAACAAUUUUGGUGACUGAUGCGUUUUUCUGCUUUAAAAUUAACCUUAUCACAAUGACUGACAGGAGCAUGAAAAUAAAAUCGCUCGUCUGGCUCUGAACCCUGUGCACAGGAUGGAUAUGUAAAUGAUUUUCCAAGGCGCUACGUUUUCGUUGACGAUCAAGAUAUAUUUGAGUGAAAAAGUUGAAAAUUAUUAUCAUCAGGUUUUAUAAAAUAGUCAAGAUACUACGAGCGCCCUGAUUGGUCAAAAAACAAUCGUUGAUUGCACCGGUAAACCAGUGGAAAAUUGAAGUUUAUAUAUGUUAUUAGAGUAACAGACCGCACUUUCUAUCGGUUUACAAGCGUAGUAAACGUCUUCAGAUGUUGGGAAACCAUUCGAAAAAAAAGUAGAUCAAUCGCCUCCAGCUCGUUCUCACAAAAUCCAGCGUGGAUUAUAUCGCCAGUAAACUGAGAGAAAGAGCGAUAAAUAAAGGUUCUACAAGAACUGCGGUGCCGCGUCGAUGGGAGAGUGCGACAGGGUAAUUUAGUAUUAUCAAUUGAGUUUAUGAGGUAAAUUGGCCAAUGUAAAGGGUGUUACAGCGAAUGCUCGAAACGUCAGAUUUGAAACUCUUUACAGAGGCCAAUUUGCAUUAUCAACUCAGUUGAUAAGGUAAGCAAAAUAAUGGGGAAGGAAAAAAUCUAAACGAAAUGGCAGGUUGAGUCCUGAAGGGAUUGUAUAUUUUUCUCUGACCUUAUCUGACCCUUUUCAUAGAACGAAAGAAAACCUUUAGGAGGCAGAGAGAAAUUACACACUCCUGGGAAAUAAUUGUGUUACUACCGAAUACCUCGGGGCUGGCAUCGUUGUUUGGGAGCUGAGAAUCAAAAAUGUCUUAAACCUAUUUGGCAGCAUACAGUAGAGGUACAUACAACUCAGACUUAAAUGGGCGAAUAUUCAACUCAGUUGUUAACACUAAAUUACCUGCUAUAAUUAUCAAAACCUGGGUGAUGCCAGUAUUAAGAGUAGUUACGCUACACCGCAAUUUGGUCCAGUGUUUGGUGACGACCUAUCCCCCUAGGGAUAGUAUGUUUUGUGGGAGCAGCAGGAACAAGCUAGUUGUUUCAGAGCCGAUAGCUUGAUAAACUGAAAUAUUGGUGAUAAAAUAUACGUUUCAAAUAUCUAAUUCGUGGAACACAAAAAAGAAAAAAAGAAUUGUUUUAUUCUGUAUGAUUAUCAAAGUAAUCACUCGACUGAGAGUCCGCUUAUUUUUAAAAUGACAAACAAAAUGAAGUGCAAGUAUAUAUGUGUUUGCUCAGAUAUUGACGAAUGUAAAGGAAAUCACUCUUGUCACGUGAAUGCUACCUGCACGAACACCAACGGAUCCUAUCUUUGUGAAUGCCACCUUGGAUUUAAUGGGAAUGGUCAAAGCUGCACAGGUGAAUUUAAUCUCUUUGCUAUAAUAUUUAGAAUAUUCAUGCUCGAAUAUAACCUGAAGCUGCUGAGGUGGCCAUAUUAUUAGUUUCUCAUAUGUAGACGAUACUGGUUGUGCCCUAAGUCUGCCUAGAGCUGUCUUUUAAUGCGUUGUCUGAAAAAGAAGGAGCUCAAAUUAAGCAGCAUUACCCAUACAUGCAUAUGCACGGAGUUGCCAUGAUCUACAUCCGGUUUGUUUCAGAGCCUUGAUGUUGGGAGAUAUAAAAAAGAACAUCGGAGAAGAGAACAUAAUAUCUAGGUUGCACGUUUCAAAAAUCUGGUUCGUUAAAGACAAAAAAGAGAAAGUUUUUUCUUAUUAUUUGAAAUGGUUAAAGUAAUUACAAAUCGUUAGGUGACAAAAAUGAAGUGCAAAAUGCAUUAACGGUUUCUCAGAUAUUUACGAGUGUAGAGGAAAUCAUUCCUAUCACGUGAAUGUUACAUGGAUGAGCACCCUUGGAUCACAUGUAUAUGAAUGUCACCCUGGAGAUACUGGAAAUUGACAAAACUGCACAGGCGAAUUUAAUCUCUAUCUAAAAUAUUCAUGACACAUUUGACUACAGCGCCGCACCAUUCAGCCGCGUUCACUCAUAACUCGUAAUAUGAGCAGCGGUUUUUUUUAAAGGACCUCUUAAAUAAUGUUCCUGACUUUUUAACAAACACUUUUGGUGAUAGGAAUGAGUAGGUUGAGUCCAGAAGGGAUCAUUGUGUAUUUUUCUCUGACCUUAUUUGACCAAUGACCAAGUCUUCAAUUUCUGUCUUUACUGUGUACGUUCUCUCUCAGACGUUGACGAAUGCAGCGAGGCUCAUGCCGUUAAAAUGAACGAAUGCCAUACGAAUGCAUCUUGCAAUAAUACCCAGGGCUCAUACAAAUGUUCUUGCAAUCCUACGUAUAUUGGGGAUGGUUUUAAUUGUGAAGAUAAGAUUGGUUUUUUAUAUGCAUGAAGGCGAUGAAAUUUAUAUUUUGUUUCCCAUGUUGAAUGUAGCAGUGUAUUGCUUAGAGUUGACUUUCAUCCGAAAUUCACAUGGAAGAUGUUGACUUUCAUCUGGAAUUCACGUCGAGGACAUUUACAUCGAGGAGGCAUAUAUGUACGCUACUUUGUGCACAAAAAAGAAUCACUUUUUGAUUGUGUUUUAAAUGAUUUAACAACCUUACACGAACUUUUACCUGAUGCAGACCUUAAGAAUCCCUAACUUUAAAAGGUUCCCUGGUAAUAACAGCAUCUAUGAUUCUUAUUUGACUUACACAAGCCAAUGAAUGAGUUGCCAGUAAUCGGAUCCUUGUGUUUUCGCAAAGAUUUCUGGGACCGCCACGGAGCAAACAUUGCGACUGUUUCGAGGUCCAAAAAAACCAUUAUGGAGAGAGAUCAUCGCUUUUUCGCCGCUGUGCUGAUACAAGGGAAGCGUGAGUUUUGUUUGAACAACCUCGGAAUAUGAGGUAAAAUCCACCGAUUAACGUUUCCCCAUGCGCAAGGUUUAUCUUGAAAUUGACAUCCUGUACUGGUCUCAAAAUUUAAACAUAUUAGCUAUAAAUCGCCCAAAAAUAACUCAACUAAGCCUUUUCAGUUUCUUUUACUUGUGUUAAGUCUACUUCUAGCUUCUAGCUUUUUUCUUGGCUUGAUAAUACAAAAGAGCGCUACAAUAGCUACCUCGAAGCAGCAGGAGAUUGAAAUGGUCAGCUUGGGCAUUGAAUAUUAUCGAGAUGCAUUGAAGUGAUUAAACACCUACACUGCCUCUUUGCUGUGGUAAACGAGAAUGAAACGGCAUUAAUAAUCGGCGCAAAACUAAACCCUUUCUUCUCCGAGAAUGCGUAGGUACAAAUCGGUCACUUAAGGAGCGAUGCACAAGUGAAUGUAUGCCCACUGCUGGACUUUCAGUAAUUCUCCUUACUGUCUACCAUACAAUUCUUAUGAUGUUAGUUCUAAGAAUUUGGUAUUGAAUCAACUGAUAAUCCUCGAGCUAAUAUUUUUCCUUAUUCUAGUCACUUGUCUGUUUGAUACUGUAAUGAUUUGAUAAGAAGAAAUUCUUUCUUGGUCACUUAUGGGAGUUAGGUGGUUAUGUAAAAAUUCAGUGCAUGGUAAAAAAUCUCCACUGCCAAAGGGAGACUUGGUAGAUAGGCUUACAGUACAGAACAACGGAUUUGGACUUGGGGAACCGAGAAAAAAUCUGGUGAGGGGUAUUACGAAGUAUUUACGUCUAGAACCACAAGACAACAAGAUGAAGGUUUCUUAAGUUAUGUUCGGCAACUUUUUCCCAAUUACAAUUUUUUUUCCUUUUUUUUAUGUUUAUGAUUUUACAGAUAUUGACGAGUGCAAAGGAAAUCGCUCUUGUCACGUGAAUGCUACAUGCGUGAACACCCUUGGAUCACAUGUAUGUCAAUGUCAUGCUGGAUAUACUGGAAAUGGACGAAACUGCACAGGUGAACCUAAUAUCUUCCCUACAAGUACAAUAUUUAGGACAGUCCUGCAUGUAACGUUCAACUACAGCGCUGCACCAUUCAGCCACGUUGCAAGAAAAUUAGAUAAUUUAUUGCUCAUAACUCCUUUUGAUUUAAGCAGCCGUUUCUCAGGUUAAGAACCCCUUCCUGAUUUUUAAAUGAACAAUUUUGGUGACAAAUAUGUUGUUCUGCUUUGAAAUUAACCUUAUCACAAUCAUUGACAGAAUCAUGAAAUUAAAAUCGCUCGUUUGGCUCUGAACCCUGUGCACAGGAUGGAUAUGUAAGUGAUUUUCUAUGGCGCUACGUUUUCGUUGACGCUUAAGACACAUUUGAGAGAAAAAGUUGAAAAUUGUUAUCAUCAAGUUUUAUAAAAGAAUUAAGAUACUACGAGCACCCUGAUUGGUCAAUAAACAAUCGCUGAUUGCACCGAUAAGCCCAUGGAAAAUUGAAGUUUAUGAUAUUAGAGUAACACACCGCUCCUUCCAUCGGUUUACCAGCGUAGUAAACCUUUUUCAGAUGUUGGGAAACCAUUCGAAACAUAAAAAGUAAAUCAAUCGCCUCCAGCUCGGACUUACAAACUUAUCUCGUGUUUAUAGUGUAUUGUGAUGUCCACGUGUGGAAAUGAAUGAUGUAAUACACUUAACAGGACCUACGCAUUUGUAUAUAUAUAGCGUGUACUUAAUUUACUCUGAGAGUUCUUUCGGUUUAGAGUAAGAGUGUACCGGACGUAAAUAAACGGUUUUAACUUAACCACGGUGUAACAAAUUGUUCUCACAAUAUACCGGGUGGGUUAUCUCACCAGUAAACUGAGAGAAAGAUCGAUGAAUAUAGAGGGUAAGUUUCUACAGAACUGCGGUGCUGCAUCGGUGGGAGAGUAUAACAGAGUAACUUAUUAUUAUCAACUGAGUUGAUAACGUAAAUUAGCCACCGUAAAGAGUAUUAAAGCGAACGUUCGGAACGUAAGCUUGGAAACUCUUUACGGUGGCCAGUUUACAUUAAAAAGAGAGAGAGAGAGAGAGAGAGAGAGAGAGAGAGAGAGAGAGAGAGGAAGAGAGAAGAGGCAAAAAACUCAAAAGAAAUGUCAGGUUGAGUCCUGAAGGGAUAGUGUAUUUUUCUCUGACCUUAUCUAACCCUUUUCGUGGAACUAAAGAAAACCUCUAAGAGGCAGAGUGUAAUUACACACUCCUGAGAAUUAAUUGUGUUACCACCGAAUUCCUCUAGGCUGGCAUCGUUGUGUGGGAGCUGAGGAUCAAAAAUGUUUUAAAACGCAUCUGGUAGCAUCCAGUCGAGGCACAAAGAGGAAACAUAACUCUUUGUGAUGCUAUAGUUUUAUUUUAGUUCCUCUGUGCAUCAUGAUUGUCCAGCGCAAAUUAUUCUUUAGAUUUUACUUAAUGCAUCGUUGUUCAUGUAAAACACAAGUCCUGUCUGCUUGUUGUCGAAUUGAUUGACUGAAAAAACGUCAACAACAACAAAAUAUUAUCUUUGAUACUACAAUCUUUUUGCAAUGUUUAUUAAUUUAAUAGCCGACCCAUGUAAUAAUUAUCAAAACUAGGGUGAUGCCAAUAGAAAGAGCAAUAACGCUACACAGAAAUUUGAUCCAGUGUUUUGUGAAGACUUAUUCCCUGUGAGGUGAUACUGUUUUGUGAGAGCGGCAGGAACAAGCCAGUUGUUUCGGAGCCGUUAGCUUGUUAAGUUGAAAUAUUCGUAAGGAAAUAUACGUUUCAAAUAUCUAAUUCGUAAAACACGAAAAAGAGGAAAAUUUGUUUUAUUCUUUAUAAUUAUCAAACUAAUUACACCAUUGGAAGUCCGCCCAUUUUGAAGCGACAAACAUGAUAAAGUGCAAAUAUAUAUAUGGUUUCUCAGAUAUUGACGAAUGUACAGGAAAUCACUCUUGUCACGUGAAUGCUUCCUGCACGAACACCAACGGAUCCUAUCUUUGUGAAUGCCAGCCUGGAUUUAAUGGAAAUGGUCAAAACUGCAAAGGUGAAUUUAAUCUCUUUGCUAUAUAUUUAGAAUAUUCCUAGUGAAUCUAACCUGACGAUACUGAGGUGGCCACAGUCGGCCAUAUUAUUAAUUUGUCAUUUGUAAACGAUACUGGUUGUGCCUUAAGUCUGCCUAGAGCUGUCCUUUACUGCGCUUUCUGAAAAAGAAGGAGCUCAAAUUCGAACUAAGCUGAACUCAUUUGGAGCUCCGUUAUCACUAUUUUAGCCUCUUCGAGUGAUGAUAUCUUACACAUGUACUACUUGACUCUUAAUUAAUGCAUACUCAUUUUUCUUGUUAAGUACAAGUUUCAUCGCUUUUUGGCAAGCUGCCAGAAUUAUAAGAUCUUAGAAAAAAUCUUGAACCGUGGACUUUAAUAACCCAAGUCCUAUUGAAAUUUUAUUUCACUUUGUAGCCGAUCCUUGCUAUCAUUAUAAAAACCUGACUGAUGCCAAUAGAAAGAUAAGUUACGAAACACCUGACGGUUUAGGGUUGUGUGACAACCGACUCCCUGAGGGAUGGUAUCGUUUUGUGGGAGCUGCGGGAACAAAAAUGCCAACAACACGUGUGCGAGCAUACAGAUGUGGUACAGACUGGUCAGGCUGGUUGGAUGGUCCUCAUCCUACAGUGGAAGGUGGUAAAGUUAUAAGGACGGUCUGCUUUAGUGAUCGCUUGACUGGUUGCAAAUACACAACUAAGAUUUUUGUAAAAAACUGUGGAUCCUAUUUCAUCUACAAUCUUUUUUACUCACCUACUUGUUCCUUACGCUACUGUAGUACAGACUGA